CGGGUCACAGGACGCCUAAAAGAGGACCCUUCUCCUGGUGACGUGUUACGUUCCUUUGACAGCGAUAUGUGAAAGUAAACGAUAAAGAAAGAAUUAAAACACUGCCUAGCGUUUGAUUAAGAGGCUUUUACUGUGAUAUCGGUGACGUCUUCUACCGUCAAUGAAGAUGGAGACGCUUUACCAUCAAACCAAUAAACAUAUCCAGGAGAUUCAAUCUCAGAUGGGACGACUGGAGAAAACAGAUCGCGAGUCAGUCCACUUAUUUGAGAAUGAACUACAAGCCAGAAUUGAUCAGAUCUUUAACCAACUGGAGCGACUGGAGAUUCUAGCAAGCAAAGAACCACCAAAUCGGCGCCAAAAUGCCAAACUGCGUGUUGAUCAGUUGAAGUAUGACAUGCAACAUCUACAGACAGCCCUGAGGAACUUCCAGCACAGACGCUAUGCUCGCGAGGCACAGGAGAGAGAGAGAGAUGAGCUUUUGAGCCGAAGUUUCACAACUAAUGAUGCCGACACCUCCAUCCCCAUUGAUGAGACCCUGCAGUUCAAUACCAGCCUUCACAAUGCUCACAGAGGAAUGGAUGACAUUCUGGGCUCAGGCUCUGGCAUCCUUAAUGGCCUAAGAGAGCAAAGAAGCACGCUCAAGGGUACCCAUAAGAAGAUGUUGGAUGUUGCAAACAUGUUGGGCUUGUCUAACACCGUCAUGCGUUUGAUUGAGAAGCGAGCAUCGCAGGACAAGUUCAUCAUGAUUGCUGGAAUGCUGGCUUCUUGUUUUGUCAUGUUCCUGGUGGUGAAAUACCUUAGCUGAACUUUCUGACCUUUAGACCUACUGUCUUGGUGGAGCUCAUCAGUCUGUCUUGGUGGAGCUCAUCAGUGGCGCAUUCCAUCUCUUAUGGACCUUUUUGUGAAAAUGAAAUUUUUAAUUAUGAUCAGAUCCAAUUGUAAUUUUCCUCACUUUAAAAAAAAAAAAAUAAAAUGUCAAAUUUAGUCACUGUU